AUGUAUCCCAGAAAGGAGUAUCCCCAGAUGGUGGGGUCUGGCUUCCGAAAGAAGAAAGAAGUCUCCCAGCUGGUUCCUGAUGGGGAGAAGCCCCACAAGUGCAAGGAGUGUGGGAAGAGCUUCAGGUGCAGCUCCCACCUGAUCGUGCACCGGAGGAGCCACACUGGGGAACGGCCCUACGAGUGUGAUCAGUGCAGGAAGAGGUUUCAGAGCAGCUCCCAUCUCCUCGUGCACCAGCGCACGCACACAGAGGAGAGGCCCUUCCGCUGCCCCGACUGCGGGCAGGGCUUCAGGCGGAACGCCCAUCUUGUCAGGCACCGGCUCAUCCACACUGGGGAGAGGCCCCACGAGUGUGAGGAAUGUGGGAAGAGCUUCAGGCAGAGCUCCACCCUGAUCCAGCACCAGAGGACCCACACUGGGGAACGGCCCUACGAGUGUGGGGAGUGUGGGAAAAGCUUCAGCCAGCGUUCCAGCCUGAUUGUCCACCAAAAGAUCCACUCUGGGGAGAGGCCCUACGAGUGUUCCGAGUGUGGGAAGGGGUUUCGGAUCCGCUCCCAUCUAUUCCAGCACUAUCAGAGUCACACAGAGGAGAGGCCCUUUCUCUGCCCCGACUGCGGGAAGGGAUUCAGGCAGAACUGCCACCUCAUCACCCACCGGCGCAUCCACACUGGGGAGAGGCCCUACGAGUGUCCCCAGUGUGGGAAGAGCUUCUCCAGCAGCUCUACCCUCAUCACCCACCGGCGCAUCCACACUGGGGAGAGGCCCUACAAGUGUCCCCAGUGUGGGAAGAGCUUCACCCAGAGCUCUCACUUGACCCAACACCAACGGAUUCAUGAUGGGGAGAAGCCCCACAAGUGCUUGGAGUGUGGGAAGAGCUUCAGGCAGAGCAGCAAUCUUGUCCGCCACCAGAUGAUCCACUCUGGGGAAUGGGCCUAUGAGUGUGGGGAGUGUGGGAAGGGCUUCAGCUACAGCUCAGAACUCGUCAGGCACCAACGCAUCCACACUGGGGAGAGGCCCUAUGAGUGUCCCCAGUGUCAGAAGAGGUUUCACACCAGCUCCAAUCUCCUCCUGCAUGAGCGGAUUUACACGGAUGAGAGGCCCUUCCGCUGCCCUGACUGUGGGAAGGGCUUCAACCGCAACUCCCACCUCGUCAGGCACUGGCGCAUCCACACUGGGGAGAGGCCCUAUGAGUAUCCCCAGUGUGGGAAGAGCUUUACCCCGAGCUCGCAUUUGACGAGACACCAAAGGAGGCAUUGUUAA